CAAGAUCGCACGAUUUCAAGGGCGGUUCGGUCGGAGAAUUGGCAGCAUCGGAUUGAUGGCGAGUGUGUCGGAGGAGAAUGGCUCGGUGCUGCGCGAGGGGGUGGCGUCGGUUCGCCCACCGAGGCUGGAGGACGCCGGGCUCGAGGACUGCGCCCUCCCGCCGGAGUCCAUUAUGGAGGCUUUCGCCCGCGCCGCUAUCUCCGCUCGUCCCGAUUUGGUCGAAGAGAGCGAAGAUGAGGGUUCGCACGAAGCCCUAGAUUCGCGGUCGCCUGCAGGGGUGAUCUCAUUCGUCGAGCAGACGGAGCAGGAUCCUGAUGGGCUUACGGUCCCUGAAACAGUGGCUUCCAGUUUGGGAAGGGAGGAAAGGAUGACAGAGCGUAAGGAAGAAGGGGACGCAGUAGCUGAAGACGCAAUCUGAUUCAGUUGUUGACACCACUUACUGUCAGCCUCACUGCGUUGCAGUCGCAAAGUCAACUUUCAUAUGCAUGGUACUGACGCUCACCGUGGGAUCCAACAAAACUAUCAAAGUGUAUCUCCCGUUGUUUCCAUCCCCUUUUGUAUAAAUGUAUAUCAAACCUCAAACCAAACAUAGUACUAGUUGGACAGAAGGAAUCCUCAUAAGAAAGUCCAAAAACUCUGGGAAGGUUUGAGGGGAUUGUUAACAGUGGUAUGAUAAUAUUUAAGUUGGUAUAAAUGUAUUUAUUUGCU